AUGGCGACCGCGUGCUUCCACCUUCGCCUCUGCCCCCGCUUCCGCGCCUUCGCGUCCUUCUCCUCUCGCCCCCUCCUCGCUACCCACCCCAGGACCCUUCCCCUACGACGCACCGGCCCGGCUACGCCGCUCGCCGCCCGCACGCGCCGCGGGUUCGGCUCCUCCAUGGCCGCCGCCCCGCCCAACGAGGAUGACGACUUUGCCACAGCUGCGGACCUGCGGUUCGACCAGCCGCUCAAGGUAGUGCAGUACCCCGACCCCGUCCUGCGCGCACGCAACAAGCGCAUCAACACCUUCGACGACAACCUUCGCUCCCUCGCCGACGAGAUGUUUGAUGUCAUGUACAAGACUGAUGGCAUUGGUCUCUCGGCACCACAAGUUGGAGUGAACGUGCAGCUCAUGGUAUUCAACCCAGCUGGGGUGAAAGGGGAAGGAGAGGAAAUUGUCCUUGUCAACCCAGUAGUUUACAAGUUCUCAAAGCGAUUGUCAGUCUAUGAAGAAGGGUGCUUGUCGUUCCCUGGAAUAUAUGCCAAUGUGCUGAGACCAGACACUGUUAAAAUUGAUGCUCAAGAUGCUAGUGGAGCAAAGAUCAAAGUUAAAUUAUCAGAGCUAUUUGCAAGAGUUUUCCAGCAUGAGUUUGAUCAUUUACAGGGAAUCCUUUUCUUUGACAGAAUGACUAUGGAUGUUGUUGAGAGCAUACAUGAGCAGCUGAAGAAUCUUGAGGACAAAUACGAGGAAAUAACAGGACAAGCAAGCCCUGAAACUAUAUCAAACUACAGAGGGACAAAGGAUGUUGCUAGUUUUUCAAGAUGA